AUGUCUAUUCUGGACUCCGGUUUUGACAGGAUUUCUGCUGUUGUGGCCUUUAACCAUCUGUCUGACUUCGUUGUUCACACAGGAGAGAGACAUGACUAUUGUGGAUCCUCUGGGGAGCCUCAACAACAUCAUGAAGCUGACGAUGCAGAGAAGAGUCUAUCCACAUCAGAACGGCUCAAACACCAGCAGAGACCCAGAGGGAAGAAACCUCACCACUGCUCUAACUGUGGGAAGAGUUACUCAAGAUUAGAUUCACUAAAAGUACACCAGAGAAUUCACACUGGAGAGAAAACGAAUAGCUGUUAUCAAUGUGGGAAGAGUUUUACUACAUCUAGCCAGCUGACUAUACACCAGAGAAAACACACGGGAGAGAAACCUUACCACUGCUCGGACUGUGGAAAGAGUUUUGCUGUCUCAGGAUAUUUACAAUCACAUCAGAGAACACACACAGGAGAGAAGCCUUAUAGCUGUCAUCAAUGUGGGAAGAGUUUUGCUCACUCAAACACACUGAUAUCACACUUGAGAAUACACACUGGAGAGAAAUCUCAUAGCUGCUCUCAUUGUGGGAAGAGGUGCACAUCUUUAGCAACCCUUAAAAUACAUCAGAGAAUCCAUACAGGAGAGAAACCUUAUAGCUGCGCUGACUGUGGGAAGUGUUUUGGUUUGUCAGGACAUUUAAAAUUACACCAGAGAACACACACAGGAGAUAAACCUUAUAGGUGUGAUCAAUGUGGGAAGAAUUUUAGUUACUCAGGUGGCCUGAUAGUACAUCAGAGAAUCCAUACAGGAGAGAAACCUUAUAGCUGUGAUCAAUGUGGGAAGAGAUUUGUUACAUCUAAUAGUCGUAAUAUACACCAAAGAACACACACUGGAGAGAAACCUUACCACUGCUCUGACUGCGGAAAGAGUUUUGUUUCGACAGGACAUUUAAAAGUACACCAGACAACACACACAGGAGAGAAGCCUUAUAGCUGUCAUCAUUGUAGCAUGAGUUUCGUUACAUCGGGCAGCCUGAAAAGACACCAGAGAACACACACAGGAGAGAAGCCUUAUAGCUGUGAUCAAUGUGGGAAGAGUUUUGUUACAUCUAGCUGUUGUACUAUACACCAGAGAACACACACAGGAGAGAAACCUUAUCACUGCUCUGACUGCGGAAAGCAUUUUGUUUCAUCGGGAUGUUUAAAAUCACACCAGAGAACACACACAGGAGAGAAGUGUCAUAGCUGUGACCAAUGUGACAAGAGAUACUCUGAUAAAAGAUCUCUGAUUAAACAUCAGAAAAUUCAUACAUGAAGUAGUUUUUUUAAAUGAAAUAUCACAAUGUUUAACAUUGUAGUGUGAGUAUUUUAAUGAAUGAUGUCACAAUGUAGAAUGUUUAACAUUGUAGUAGGAGUAUUUUAAUUAAUGAUGUCACAAUGUAGAACCCUAAACGUUUGCCCCCUUUUCUAUUGAUUUCAGCGUGAUAUGGAUAUUAGCCUCAUCAGGGGAAAACUCCAGGCUCUGAAUUGAAAGAGUCCUAUUUAAUGUCAUUAACAAAGAGUGAUUGUCAAGUAAAGCGUGACACUUACAUUGGCAACCCACUUAAAUCAAAAUGCACCACUUCAAACUGUAGCGAGCUGUUUUCUACUAAUUGUCCAGUGAUGUACACUUCAUUCCCAGAUUCCAUGUGUUUUUUAAACUGUUCUAAACGUACGUGCAACCUCAUCUCCCCCCUCUCGCCCCCAUUGAUUUCAUAGCGAUAUGAAUGAUGACAAAUAAGUGUUGCGUUUCUCUUCAUUUUGGGGACCCCUACAUUUAAAUGCAUCACUCCAAAGUGUAGCUGACUGUCUCCUACAGGUUGUUGUCUAACCAGUGAGGUAAAAGAUAUCUCCCAUCUCCCAUGUGUUUUUUAGUUGUGUUAGUUUCAACCGCAUAUGCAACCUGAUUUCCCCCCUAAUCAUUAUCAGUGAUUUAUUGCUAGUUGUUAAAACAGUGUUUUUGGUGCAGUUUAGAAGGUGCUCGUUGACAUUUUUUUAAAUUAAUAUGAUUACUGUUGUGUUUGUGUCGAUCGUACAUUUCAUGUUUAGGUUGUCAAUAUAUCACAAACUGUUUCUGCAUAUUGGUUAGGACACGUUAAAACUGUUUUGACAUUGGGCUCUCCCACCUAGCAAAAUGACAUUGAAAAGACAUGAAGACUAUGCCCGAGGUCCAAACUACGUUCGGUUUUGGUUGAAAGUUGAAAAUAUGUAUUUUUCAGGUCCUUGUUUCAACGACUUGAAAACAACUUAAUUCAACGUACUUGCAGCCUAUACACAUGGAUGCAGUAUAUAAAAAAUGGGUCGAACAAUUUUUAUGAACAAUCAUACAUCACUUGAUAGAAUCAUUUGUAUGUUUAAGAUAAUGACUAAAGUAUUCCACCCUGAAACCAUAUAAUUGUAUGAAAAGUAUUCCACCCUGAAACCAUAUAAUUGUAUGAAAUGUGUUAGAGUCAUAAUCCAAUAAUGUGUGUGACUAGACUUUUUAAGACUAGGCCAUUGUGUUACUAUUUCGCAAUAUGAUCAGGGUAUAGUUGAGACAUUUCAAGGACAACUGAACUGUCGACUUGUGAUAACGGUGAAACUAAUAACUGGAAAGAGGCCUCCCCACCCUAGGGAGGAGAAAAAACUAUUAGAAAUGGCUAAGCUUGCAGAAGAUGAUGAAACAUGUUGCAGAAGUGUGAUAAACAAUGUAUGUGAACUUUGGAAAAAUACAGCCCACCUAAAGAGAGGUGGAGUUUCUACUGAUGUGAGUUAAUGUGUGGGUGCUAUAAAAAUAUUGUAUUCUCAUUUUGAAGACAGAGCGCUCUCUGAAUAAAGGACUGAGCUAUUACAGAAUCUGAGACUUUGUCUACUUCUUUAUUAACUGAA